GUUCACGUUUAUUGGCCUAAGAACUAAAAAACCGGAAGAUGCCCUUAAAAAACGUGGCGGCACUCCAUUCACUACAGCUGCCUCAGCAGCUCAAGAAACUUGGCCUAGUGUUCAGCCACUGACUGACUGGCCUUCACAAAAUGACACCAUCCGGUCCACUUCGGUUCAUCGGGUACAGAUCUACCUGCCCUCAACUAUAAUGGCGGCGCUGCCCAAUUUGGCUUCUCGCCCCUAGGGAAGAUGGCUGCCAGGUGGCUUCACUUAGUUUCUCACCACCCCGGAAGACCCGGGCCGGCGAUUGGGCGGUGCCCGAGGGCUCGGAGAAGAAGGCCCUCGGCGGUUGGGCAGUGCUGGCUAAGGCUAGUUUUAAAGGAGCCGGAGGUGGGAGCCGUAGAAGACCCGGGAUCCGCGGGAGGCGGCGGCUGCAGCCUGGGAUCCCCCAGGGACUCCCCGGAGCCGCCGCUUCCCCCAUGGACUUGCCCGGGGACUCCAGUCCACCUGGCCGGCCACGUCUGUGCCGCCAGCCUCUGGCUCGAGCAUUAUGGGGAGCCAGGAGCCCCAAACGGCCGAGACUGCAGUCUCUAGCGACCCCUUCACCUUUGGAAAAGGCCUCUCGGCGGGUUUUGGCUGUGGUGCUGGAAGAUGUUAUGGCUGCCCACAUGGUUCCCCUGGUGCCCCAAGAAGAGACCAACACCCCACGGCACCGCAGCAACCAACGGGAUUCUGUCCGCAGCCAGCCACCUGCCUUGCCUCCCCAACAGGCCACGUGGUCCUCACAGACCAGGCCUCCCGACCCACUGCGCUUAUGCCGAGAGCCCUUGAGCCGCAUCCACCGGCCCUCUUCCACCCUGAGGCGGCGAUCAAGAACAACCCCUGGCCCAGAGGAGGGCCCUUCACAAAAGGUGGACUGGACCCCCCAGCCCACUCUGGUGGUGAUGCUAGAAGACAUUGCCAGCCCAAGACCCCCAGCUGAGGGCUUUGCUGAUGAGACUCCCAACUUCCUCAUCCCAGCAAGAAGAGCUGAGCCCAUGACGAUUGUUCACCAGUCAAUGCCUCCGUCCGGGGACCUGGAUCCCCCGUUCCAGCCAUCUGCCCUGCCUGAAGACCCUCCAGAGACCCCAUCACCAGCCCGGGAUCCUGUACUGGAGCCCCCAUCGAUCCCACCGCCGUCCAGCCUUUUACGCCCCCGCCUCAGUCCCUGGGGCUUGGCCCCCCUCUUCCGUUCCGUCCGCUCCAAGCUGGAGAGCUUUGCUGAUAUCUUCCUCACACCCAACAAAGCCCCACGGCCCCCACCCCCAUCACCCCCCAUGAAGUUGGAGUUGAAGAUUGCCAUUUCAGAGGCCGAGCAGUCCGGGGCUACUGAGGACACUGCAUCUGUCAGUCCCCGGCCCCCUAUCCGCCAGUGGCGGGCCCAGGACCACAAUCCCCCCGCACCUCUCUCUAAGCCCUCUCUGGGCCGAAGCCACUCCUGCCCUGAUCUGGGGCCCCCUGGCCCAGAUACCUGCAGCUGGCCCCCUGCUCCACACCAGCCAAGCCGGUCACGGCCCCGGCGGCACACUGUGGGUGGUGGAGAGAUGGCCCGAGCCCCACCACCCCCUCGGCCCUGUCUCCGGAAAGAGGUCUUCCCUCUUGGAGGAGUGGGAGGCUCUCCUCCCCUUGUCACAUCUUGCUCGUCUACCGCAUCUUCCUCCUCCUUCUCUGAACCUGCAGAACCCAGGUUGGGUUCAACCAAGGGGAAGGAGCCAAGGGCCUCAGAGGACCAGGUGCUUUCAGACCCUGAGACCAAGACCAUGGGAAAGGUUUCUCGAUUCAGAAUACGCAGGACACCAGCCCGUCCUCAGCUCAACCUUACACCAAUGGGGCUGCCUCGACCAAUCAGGUUGAACAAGAAGGAGUUCAGCUUAGAAGAAAUUUAUACCAACAAGAAUUAUCAGUCACCUACAACCAGGAGGACCUUUGAGACCAUCUUUGAGGAACCCCGGGAGCGCAACGGGACUUUGAUUUUCACCAGCUCAAAGAAGCUUCGGCGGGCUGUAGAAUUUCGGGACAGCAGCCUUCCUCGAUCCCGGCGGCCCUCUCGUGGGGUCCGGGCUGCAGCUGGCAGGACCUUUACCCCCAGCCUGGCCCCCAGCCCAGAUGUGGAACCUCUGCUGCAGCAGCGGCUGGAGGAGCUGGACGCCUUACUCCUGGAAGAGGAGGAAGUGGAUAGGGAGCGGCCCCAUCGGACCUAGGAGCUCCAUCUGUUUGUUCAUCCGUCCUGAAGCAUCUGGGGCAGUUAUAUAUUUUUCUCUAUAUUUCUAGUAAAGUUUUCGAUAUGUUUCUGA